AGGUUCAAUAUUGAUAAUGAUAAAAUAUUGCUCGUGAAACAAAGAAAUGUGUAUUUUCUUUAUCGAACACACACUGCAAAAAAUGUCUAAAAUUAGAAUUUGAGUUAACCACAAGUCACAAGUACUGAUCCGUGGAUAGUAAAGCCGGAUUUUGAUAGCGUAAAUUUAUUGGCCAUUUUCCGAUUGUGAAUGACAUAAGUCAGAAUGCUUUAUUGUACAAGGUAUCCAGCAAGGGGAAUAAAACCGAACUGCCCUUGUUUUAUCAAACCCUAAGGUGCAUUCGACCAUACUAUUGCAGUGUGCCGAUUUUUGAUAACCUUCACAUUGCCGUCCAUCAAUUGGUGCUACGGAAGCUACGAGAUAUUGGAAUGGUGUUGAAUGGUUUUAGCUCUCUGCAUGUACUCUGGGUCGUGGGAAUCAUUAGCCAAACCCAGUAUCAUAUCUCGCAUCGAACCUAAAGCCUUCUGCUAUUGGCUAUUUGUUAUCAACCUGUCUUCUGGGAGAUAACGCAGCGUCCAAUUUGCACGGUGGAAUGCAGAGUAGCCUAUAAAUUGUGUCCUCCUCAUCGACUGGCAGCGAUUGCGUUUGGAACAGCGCAACAGUGUAGACAGAGUUAGUUUUCCCAAAACGAUGCGGAUUGCAGUGAGUGCACUAGUAUUGGUGACCGUCGGUUUGCUGGCCGCGGUCAGUGGCAAAUCGCCAGCAAUUAGCGGCAAACAGAAUGAUGCUGGGAUGGAUUGGUGGGAAUCGGGCGUGUUUUACCAAAUAUACCCGCGAUCGUUUAAAGACAGCAACGGUGAUGGGGUGGGUGAUCUGGCCGGUAUAACGGAUAAGCUUGAACAUCUGGCCGAUCUCGGUGUGAACGGUGUGUGGCUAAGCCCGGUGUUCAAAUCGCCAAUGGCCGAUUUUGGUUACGACAUUGCCGACUUCCGUGAUGUGGAUCCGAUUUUCGGCACUAUGGCCGACCUGGACAGAAUGGUUCAGAAGGCAAAGCAGCUUGGAAUUAAGGUGAUUCUAGAUUUCGUUCCAAACCAUACGAGCGAUGAGCAUGAGUGGUUCAUAAAAUCGGUCAACAACGAAGGAGACUAUCGGGAUUACUAUGUUUGGCGCAAUGGAGUUAACCAGGGAACUCCCAACAAUUGGCAAUCGGUGUUCCACACGCCCGCCUGGACAUUGCUUCCUGGUCAAACGCAAUACUAUCUGCAUCAGUUUGACAAGAAGCAGCCAGAUCUGAACUACCGUAACCCGAAGGUAAAGCAGGAGAUGGCUGAUAUGGUGCGAUUCUGGCUGGACAAGGGCAUCGAUGGGUUCCGUAUCGAUGCGAUCAACCACGCGUACGAGGAUCCACAGUUCCGCGAUGAACGGCUGAUCGAUCCGAACGGAGAGCUGAUCUGGGAAAAUCUGGAUCACGAGUAUACGCAGAACUUGCCGGAAUGUUACGAUCUGAUCUAUGACUGGCGCGACCUAUUCGACCAGUACAAGGCAACCGACAAUGUGACCCGUCUCAUGAUGACGGAGGCGUAUGCCAACCUGGAACAAACGAUGCUUUGGUAUGGUAAUGGUAAUCGCAAGGGUGCACACAUCCCGUUCAAUUUCGCCAUGAUCAACCGGUUGUCGAGUGACUCGCGAGCAAACGACUUUAAGGUGGUAAUUGAUGAGUGGCUCAACGCGAUGCCGACCGGUGCCCAAGCGAACUGGGUGCUGGGAAAUCACGAUCGUCCCCGCAUUGCAUCGCGCUACGGACGGGACCGUGCCUCCGGUUUGGCGGUGCUGGAAAUGACGCUUCCAGGCAUUGCCGUCGUGUACUACGGUGAAGAGAUCGGAAUGGAGGACAACCGCGAUAUUACGUUCGAGGAAACGCAAGAUCCGCAAGCCGCCAACACAAACCCGGAGGUGUAUCAACAGUUUACACGCGACCCGGUCCGCACACCGUUCCAGUGGGAUGCUACGGCGUAUGCUGGCUUUACGGCAGCGACGGCACAAAAAACUUGGCUACCGGUACAUCCGAACUAUCGGGAAGUUAAUCUCGCCGCACAGAAGGCGGCCGGCGAGAGCAUGUUUAAGCUGUACCAGAAAUUGAUCAAGCUGCGCCAGGAGCAUGCGUUUAUGCAUGGCAAGUUCGACUCGAAGGUGCUGCUGAACAAUGUGUUUGGGUACACGCGCACGAUGGAUGGCGAACAGUCGUACGCGGUGGUGGUCAACCUGAAUGAUAACGAUGUGAACGUGAAUCUGCAGGAGCUGCACGAAGAUAUUGAUACGGCCAAGGUGAAACUAACGUCACUCGAUGCCCGUAUGAAGGAGGGCGACGAGGUGACGGAGACGUUCCACAUCAUUCUCGGCCGGUACGAUGCAGUGGUGUUCGAGAUUGCAUCGUCGGCCAGCACGAUCGGGGCGUCCAUGAUUAUGCUGCUAGUCGCAUCGGUUCUGCGUACGCUCUUCUAAGUUUUGUCUUGUGUUUAAAUCUAUCUGUAGUGUAAUUUGUAAUUUAUUCGAUAAAGAAACUGAUCGAAGAACGUGUGUUGAUGAAAA